AGAAAUUUAUUUCAUUUUUGAGGAGUUAACUAUGUCGAAGAAUAACGGGAAGAAAGUGAGCGCGUGCGUGGCGGCCGCUGCAGGUCUCUGCCUGCUGCUCCUCCUGGCUGCCGUGCACCAUCACCGCGCACAGGCGGAGGAAGAACAGGAGGAGGAGGCGCCGGAGGAGGAGCAGCGCGCGCGCCCCGGGAAAGGAUACUCUGCGUAUUUUUCCAAACUGACGCGCGGACGGAGGGACGUGGGGAGCCGCGCACGCUCCUCCUCCUCCUCUGAGCCUCCUGCAGCCGAGAACAUCAGCGCUGAAGACAUCUUCAUCGCCGUGAAGACCACCAAGAAGUUCCACCAGUCCAGACUCAAGCUGCUGCUGGACACCUGGAUCUCCAGAAACACGCAGCAGACUUACAUCUUCACAGACGGAGAAGAUGAGGCAUUGAAAAAGAUCGGGAGUCAUGCAAUUAACACCAACUGCUCUGCAGCUCAUAGCCGACAAGCUCUUUCUUGUAAGAUGGCGGUGGAAUAUGACAAGUUUAUAGAGUCUGGGAAAAAGUGGUUCUGUCACGUGGACGAUGACAACUACGUGAAUGUGCAGGCUCUGGUGAAGCAUCUGUCCCAGUAUGCCCACACCCAAGACAUUUAUAUCGGUAAACCCAGUCUGGACCGGCCCAUUGAAGCUACAGAGAGGCUGGGGGACAGUAAGAUGAAACCAGUCAACUUUUGGUUUGCCACUGGAGGAGCAGGCUUCUGUGUGAGCCGAGGUCUAGCACUGAAGAUGAGUCCGUGGGCCAGUGGCGGCCACUUCAUGAACACAGCAGAGAAGAUCCGUCUGCCUGAUGACUGCACCAUCGGCUACAUCAUUGAGUCAGUGUUGGGGGUUCCUCUGACCCGUAGCAGCCUGUUCCACUCCCACCUGGAGAACCUCCAACAAGUGUCACGAUCUGAGAUUCACAAGCAGAUCACCCUCAGUUAUGGCAUGUUUGAAAACAAGAGCAACAUCAUCAAUUUGAAAGGGGCUUUUUCUGUGGAGGAGGAUCCAUCAAGGUUCAGGUCUGUGCACUGUCUCCUGUAUCCAGACACCCCGUGGUGUCCGCCUCAGGUUGCCUUUUAGGGCGACGGCCCCUUUCUCAUCCUCGUCCCCGUCGUGCUUCGGUAUCUGAAAGGCUCGUGGGGACCAGUGUUUGGUGUUGGACCGUGCUGCUGCUGUAUUCUUGCUCCAGUAGCGCGCGGUCUUUAAUAGGUUUACUGGGCUGCUGUGCGGCCCGCCUCGGGACAGUUCCUUCCUGUCUGGUGUCAGGAUCUCAUCCCAUGCUAUUUGGGUGGAAGAACCAAGCUCUUGGCAGGAAGUUGCUUUCAGCAUUAAGCUUUGCAGGCAAUCGGUUCAGCUAUGAGAUAUACAUGUAUAUGUUGCUUGUAAAUGUAUUUGCAAUUCUCAUAGAAUGCGUUGUCAUGUAUAUUCAAGCCUACUGGCCAGCUUCACAUGAGUAAUGCCUUUUUUUGUGGUUACCUUUUGGAAAACAAUCCAGAUCUGUGGUUUUUUUUGUUUUAAGAGUCUUUAUCUUUUAUGAUGCAUCACUUUUUUUUAACCAAUUUUCUUCUUUUUUUUUUUUAAACUCAUGAGUCCGGACAAAUUCUUAAAUAUUGAAGACGUCCUGGUUGAGUCAAAAGUGUAUUUCAGUGUUAGAUAAGCACUUUUUAAAAAAAAUAAUAUAUUAAAGCCUGACACUCACUACAUGAUGAUGUCAUAUGAGCAUGCCUUUGUCACAAACACAAGUGCUAUUACAAGGUGUGCAGAACAACUGCGUUACGAGCGUUACACCCACAACGCUCAGCCAAACAAAUUUGUUUCAUCAGCCACCGGUGAGGAAAACUGCAGAGCUGCACACAGUGUGCAACUCCUGCUUGUGCUUUGUUGUACAGAUGCA